GACAAUGGACGUAAACGACGUGAAACAUUUAUAAGAUUGUUAAAGUAUCACACGAACCAAUGAAAAAUUUACCUAAUGAGUGAAAAUUGUAGAUAGUUUACUUAAUAAUUAAGAUCAAGUUCAAGGUCGUAAACCGGUAUUUCGAAUGCACCGCGCACUGUCACACACAGCGACUGUCAUUUCGAUUGUAUUGUCAUUUGUCAGUUGGUCAUUGUAUGACGUCGUAUUUGAACGUGUGUUGUGUUUCCGACUCCGUCGACCGGCGUAGGAGCAAUUUGCAUGAAAUCGCGUUUAUUCAAUUGCACAUUAUCUUAUUAAAGUCGUCAGACCCCCGUAUGAGCAACGAGCAUGAGUGACCACGGCCGGACACGGUGAUGGAGCGAGUAUUAUAGUUUUAUAAAAGUUAUCGCGCCCGGUACAGUGUGCGAAUUCGAAGAUUUGUUUUGAUUUAAUUGUUUUGUUUUUUGUGACGGACUGAGAGGAACUCUUGUGUUUGGGAUGAAGGUGCAGAAUAAAGAAGAAACGUCCGACGAUGAAGCAGGGCUCGGAUAUCAGAAUACCUUGAUGUAUGGUCGCUACCAACGCGACCUCAGCGAAGCAGCCAGAGAAGAAGCGAGAAGACUGCGCAGACUUCGCAAGAAGCGGCGGAAAGACGAUAAACAACGGCAAAAGGAGCUAGAAGCUACCGGAAAACAUAGGCCUAGGGGAAAAUUCUUCAAAGUUUUAGGAUAUGCGUGGAGGCACACGUUCGCCCGUCUGGGGGAGGAUUGGGUGUUCCUCGCUUUGCUGGGCAUCAUCAUGGCUUGCCUCAACUUCGCCAUGGACAGGGGAAUUGCCGUAUGUAAUAAUGCACGUAUGUGGAUGUAUUCAGACUUGGCCACGUCUACCUUCAGUCAAUAUGUGGCGUGGGUGUCACUGCCGGUGUGCCUCAUCCUAUUUGCAGCUGGAUUUGUGCAUAUUGUCGCUGCACAGAGUAUAGGGUCGGGAAUCCCGGAGAUGAAGACUAUCCUCCGAGGAGUGCACCUGAAGGAAUACUUGACGUUCCGCGCGCUGAUAUCCAAGCUGGUCGGCCUCACCGCCACUCUUGGGUCGGGCCUGCCUUUGGGGAAGGAGGGUCCGUCCGUGCAUAUAGCGUCGAUGGUGGCGGCCCUACUCUCCAAGCUGGUGACGAGUUUCCAAGGCAUCUACGAGAAUGAAUCACGGACCACAGAAAUGUUGGCCGCGGCCUGCGCCGUCGGGGUGGCCUCGUGUUUCGCUGCGCCUGUCGGAGGUGUUCUAUUCUCAAUAGAGGUAACCACAACAUAUUUUGCCGUCCGAAAUUACUGGCGUGGAUUCUUCGCGGCGUGUUGCAGCGCCAUUAUGUUCCGACUGCUGUCGGUGUGGUCGGGCGCCACGCCGACCGUGAAGCCCCUGUUCCCCACCACCCUCCCGCAGGACUUCCCCUUCGACCCCCAGGAGUUCGCCGUCUUUGUCCUUCUCGGAAUUGUGUGCGGGUUGCUGGCAGCGUUCUGGGUAUUCCUGCACCGGCAAUAUGUGCUGUUCAUGAGAAACACCAAGACAUUGAGUAAUUUCUUGCAAAAGAACCGUUUUAUCUACCCAGGCUUCAUGACCUUGGCUGUGAUGUCAAUAUUCUUCCCUCCCGGCAUCGGGAAGUACAUGGCUGCUGAUUUAGGAAACCAGGGACAGGUGCACGCGCUGUUCGCCAACUUCACGUGGGGCGACGCGCUCAGCGCGCAGCAGGCCGCCGUCGUCUCGCACUUCGAGACGCCCGAAGUCAACUACUUCGGCUGUCUCGUCAUCUACUUCUUCUCCAUUUACUUCCUGAGUAUGGUGUCGUGCACGCUGCCCGUGCCGGCGGGUAUCUUCGUGCCCGCGUUUAAGAUGGGCGCCUCCCUCGGCAGAUUUACUGGGGAAAUAAUGCAUUAUUUCUGCCCCUUGGGAGUUGCUUAUGGUGGACAUAUACAGAAGAUAUUGCCAGGUGGCUACGCUACUGUGGGCGCAGCAGCGUUCACAGGGGCUGUCACUCACACCGUGUCGACUAUAGUUAUAGUUAGCGAGAUGACUGGACAGGUGACCCACAUACUGCCAGUGAUGGCGGCAGUCCUAGCCGCUAAUGCAGUGGCCUCUCUUCUACAACCUUCGUGUUUCGACAGUAUUAUAUUGAUCAAGAAGCUGCCCUAUCUACCUGAUCUACUCUCUUCUGCUAGUCGAAUGUAUGAUAUCUGUGUUGAAGAUUUCAUGGUGCGAGACGUCAAAUAUAUAUGGAACAGGAUGACCUUCCAGCAGCUUAAGGAUCUGCUCAAAGAGAAUAAGGCAAUAAAAAGCUUCCCGCUGGUGGACAGCCCAGCGUCCAUGGUGCUGCUGGGCUCCAUCCACCGCUGGGAGCUGGUGCGGGUCAUCGAGAGGCAGGUGGGCCGCGAGCGGAGGCUGCAGAUAGCGGCGCGCUGGCAGCGGGAGGCGGAGGCCCGCAGGAGGACCGAGGAGGCCCGCAAGAGGAGGCCUUCCAGGUUUGAGGUGACUCCAGCACCCGACAUGCUGCAAGCCCCGGGGGGCAUGGUCCGCGGCACCUCGCUCACCAGCAAGGAACCAGGCGGACUGUUGCCAUCGCCAGGCCAGUUGUUCCGUCCCAAGUCGAUCCUGAAGAAGACGAACUCAUUCACCCUCUCGAGAGGGCUAGCUUCCCCUACCACCAACGCCCCCCUCUCCCCCCAGCCUUCGGUGUAUACUACCGUGACUGGAGCAGAAACCAGGAUCCGAGCAGCUUUCGAAGCAAUCUUCAAACGAUCGUCGAUGCUGCAAGACGUGAAUGAUAAUCACGAUCCUGAAGCCCAAGACGGCUUGCCGAGGAGUCCUUCCAUCAACAAAAAGGUGCAGCUGCCCCGUGAACGCGUGUGUGACAUGUCUCCGGAAGACCAGAAGGUUUGGGAACAGCUGGAGAUGGCAAAGGAGAUAGACUUCGAUCGCAUGCUGCAGAUAGCCAGAAAGCGGGAUAUGCAUCCUGACGACACGGACUAUGAAGACGAGAACCUGUACAUCUGCCACAUCGACCCUGCGCCCUUCCAGCUGGUCGAGAGGACUUCAUUGCUCAAGGUCCACUCCCUGUUUUCGACGUUGGGCGUGAGUCGGGCGUACGUGACGGCCAUCGGGAGACUUAUUGGUGUCGUAUCGCUCAAAGAGCUCCGCAAAGCAAUCGAAGACGUUAACUCUGGAGUACUCACCCUGGCCACGAGACCCGAACCCCCGUCCACCCCGAUGCCCACCCUCAUCCGCGUCGUCAGCACCGAACCAGCGCCCCCUAGCGACAGCGAAACUGCCAAACUCACAGCCACCGGAGAUAAGUAGACAUUUCUAAACGAUAGCGGGCCUAGUGUGCUACCUUGAGGUGUACCAUAUGGAAACUUUCGGUAUUUUUAGUAUUGCCAUGUAUUUUGUGAAAUUCGUCACAUAUAUUGGUCCAGUUUGGGGAAAUAAACAGUUACUAUCUCUCUAGAUAGCUUUUAAAAUACAAAAGAGUCCUAAUGUUUUAUGUUUUGUGAAGGCAAAGGGGACGCGUAGUUUACUGUACGUUUCUAGGGAGUUUUUUGAAUGAGAGCGGACCUAGCACACUGCCUUGCACAAGCGUACCACACGACAAAGGCGAUAGGCUUUACUAAUUUCUAGUGACUUUUUAAAAACAAAUGAUAGAGGGCCUAAUGUGCUACCUUGAGACAUACCCUCGUUUCAUAAAAUCUAGUAGGUGACCACAGUAACAUAAGCCUGGCCUAUAAAAUAGUGCAAAUAUGUCUGAAUAGUUAAAUUUUAUCUAUUUAAUCAUUAGAAAAUUUCAAUGUAUCAAAAAAAAAGCUGUAUCGAUUUAACAUUGACGUAGACAUGAAUCCCAGUCAUUCAAUACAAGAUGAUGCGGCUUUGACGAAAAUAUAGAUAGGUUCUGACGUAAUAUUUAAGCAUAAUUGAGUGCCUUAGAGAUUAUACUUCACGUACUGUGAGAAUAGUUUUAAAUAUUUCUUUUUACGUAAUUAAAUAAAUGUUUUGUUGUAAAUUGUAUUUUAGGUAAACAUGUUGCGUUUAGAUGCGGUGCUUUUUUGAAAGAGUUUUAGUCACUAUCACUAAUUAAUUUUUGUAUAUCUUUUUAACAUGUUUUUUUUUGCAUUUAAUAUAUGAAACGGCUAUGCAUUCAUUUAAUUAAAAAAGUAGUAAAAUUGUAUUUCUUUGCAUUUAUUUAUAUAUGUAGUUAUUUGUAUAUUUUUCCGUCUAGUAUUGAAUAAAUUUAUAAUCAUGUUAUUAAGAUAUACAAGGGUACAUACAGUUAGUAUGUACGCUUGAUAUAGUGCCUUAGAUUUUCGAUAGUGUAUACGGGGUGUUAACGUUUCGACACAAGAAAUAUAGACAAAAUUUAUAUAAAUGCCAUUUUAUCUGCCUGUAUAUUUAUGAUUCAUGGUCAUUUUACAUUAUACAUGUUUUAAAUUAUAUUUUCUGUAUAUAUACUAUAUUUUGAUAUAUUUAUUUAAAGUGAUGAUACCCUGUAUACGGCCAAUUUUGAAGGCUUGUGAUUUUAAAAUCAUUCCAAAAGUUGUCUUUAGUUCUAGGUUAUUUUAAUUUUCCCAAGUACUCGACCGUCCUUUUAAAAAGGCUUCGCUUUUCAUAAACUGUGUACGGAGGAUUAGGGACACAAUUUAGGAAUGACAGUUGAAUUAUAAGGUCACAAAAAAGCGUUGUCCAUUUGCAGCUAAGAUAUUUUAAUUGAUUUGAUGAUUAGACACAACGAUAAUAUUGUGCCAUUUUUGUGAUAAUUUGACAGUUUAAAAUGUUUUGACAAGUGAGUCUCCUUUUUUUUUUGACAUGUUUUUGUAUUUAAAAAAAUUUGUGAUUCACAAAUCAUUUUUGUCCGUCCUGUCGGUCAUAUUUCUUAGUUAAAUUUGGACAAUAAACAUAUCAUUAACAGCUUUAAAUAGAUACAUGAGAAAUCUAUAUAUAAUUCGUAAAUAUAGCUGUUGAAUGAAGUAAAUAUUAUCGUUUCCAUUUUAGAAAAAAAAAGCAAAUAAUAUUAUCGAAUGAAAAUUCGAUGUUAAAUAAAAUAAAUUGAUUAUGAGUCGAUUAAAUUAAUGUUCUGCUGUGUGGACUUGCUUCCUAGACUUCUGUGAUGUUUAUAUUUUAUUUAUAUUUAUUGUUAUAAUAAAGAUAGUGUUACUUUCUGGUCAGCAUUAUUUAAUUCGCAUUUGUUGUGCCUUCGUAAAAAUAAAUGAAAAAAAUAUUGUUGUGAAAUCAUUAUACUGUAUACGCAAAUAAAAUAAUUUGAAAUUUU